AUGCAUUUAGUAUCAAAAGAUAUUAUAGAGGGAUAUAUUUCUAGUACAAAAUGUGUGUCUAAUAGCUAUACUCUAUACGAAAUAGUAGUAAUUACAAAUAUUAUUAAUAUGAAAAAUUAUAAAAUAAUAUAUAAAAGAUAUUCCGAUUUUAGCAAACUUCAUAAAAAGAUUUCUAAACACAUAAAAGAACUGCCUGUGUUUCCUGAUAAAAAAAUUAAGAAAUUGGAUGAAAAGGUUGUAAAAGAACGUGUAAUGAGAUUUAACUUUUAUGUAAAAUAUAUUUGUAUGUUAAUUGUGAAAAAAGAACUAAACGAUUAUUGUAAGAAAAUAAUAUUAGAUUUUUUGUCUUAUUAA